UUCAUCAGGCGCCGGGAGAAUCGCACACCUUCGCCGGCAUUUGAGUGUUUACAUCGGGGGAAGAAAAAACUUAUAAACAGUGCGCAUAAAAUCGUUGAGGGAGAGAGUGGUGAUCUCAACGAUGGCUCCCCGUGCAGUGAAAAAAUUAUUUAAUCCAAAUAUAUUUCACAUCGAUGGUGUUCCCAUGAGGUUUUAUCUUGAAGGGUACGACGAAUGUCAGUGCCAUCAGAUUUCUACGAUUAUCGAGGCACAUGGUGGAAAAUUCUCGUUACCCGACACCGGCACCAUUGUUUUCUCGGAACCUGGCCGCUAUGCACAUACCGAUCGUCGUAGAUUUCACAUUAAAUGUUUGCGAGACAGUAUAGUGCAGAACAAGCUCCAGGAUAUCAAUAAAUAUGCACUACCAUGGAGAAUAACUCGGCCUCGAAAAGACAGUUCCCCGCUCGCAGCUAAAAUACCCAAAUCUGAGUCCGAUAAAAAGCCAUUGAAAGAAUCUCUCAUUCUCCCACCAUCUCCAAAAAAUCUCAGAAAUUCUCAACUCCGUGAGCCCUACGUUCUCAUUCAAGACUGUGUCACGACUCAUGCAGCGAUCUUGAAACAACCAAAACUCAGCAAUUCAGACGUAACUGAAUCACAGACCAGUAGAAACCCCACAGAGGGAGAACAAUCGAGCGUGAUAUCAAGUUCCCAGAGUAACGUGACUCCUCCGUUUGUCCAGCCGAAAACUGCUGACAAACCAUCUCCCAUUGCUACUAAACCCAGAAGCGUCGCUGUCAAACGUUUGACGAACUUUCGCCCUUGUGGCCUUUCUCGCCGCCCAAAAUCGCCCCUAGAAAAUGUUCCAGUUGAAACAGAUGAUGAGAAACGAAUGAGAGAGAAUCUGCGAUCACCUCCACUGAGAAGAUCCCCGGGUAUUGAAAUAAUCAAGGAAAUUCAGAGAAAGUCACCAGUCGUCAAAGACAUCAUUGUGAUAAGCGAUUCUGAGGAUUCAAGCCAUGAGAAUGCAAGGAAAAAAGGUCCAGAGCCCGCUGAGAAGUGUCUGCAGACACCCGAGCCUCCUGUAGACUGGAGAAGUUUAACAAACUUCGAUGUCCCAAAUUCGUAUGCUGUCUGGUCCAGGGCUGGCCCACCAGGACCCCCCAAUCUCAGUGAUUCCGAUGGUGAAGGGCGCAGGGAUGGCUCGAAAAUGAUGGACGUCAGCAAAAUCAAGAAGGAGAAAGAAUCCAGCGGACCAAAGACUAGGGAGCAGCUGAAGCGCAUUCGGUACGAUGACUGGGACACAUCCGAUUCAGAUGGACCAGGUGCGAGCAAGUCCAAGAGUAAGAAGAAGAAGAAGAGAAAGAGCUCUUACGAAUGUGAUCAGAGUUAUAAGAACAACAGAAAAAGAAUCCUAUACACAGAUGAAGAGAACAGGAAGAUGAUUCAGUAUUUGAUUGAAAAUGGGUUGAUCACUAAAUCCACUCAAAUGCAUGUCUGGAUCAAGUUCUCGAUUAAAAAGAUUCUAACUGAUCCAGAGAGGAAGCCAGAGUCUCUGAAGAAACACUUUGAAGACCAGUUGAUCUUCAAUUUCGAGAAAUACACGCAUGAUCCUAUUGCUGUAGAGCAGUUCAGCAAAAUCAGGGACGAAUUAAUUUAAUUACCUCAACGAAAAUACAAGAACAACGAGAUUAAGUAAUAACAAUAUUGCGCUAUUAUUUCAUACAGAGUAUAUUUUUGUGCGAUAGAAGUCUUUAUUUUGUUAUUCCAAGGAAGUGUUACAAAUACAAGUGAACUUAAGCAGAAAAUUAUAACAAGAGGAAUCAGUGAAUUCAAUCUUGAUCAAUUUUGUCUGCAGUACUUGAGAAUGUACGUCAAUGAUAUUCACCAAUUUUCCUUCAUCUUUCAUCAUGAUAUAAUUUACAGCUAGUUUUCCCCUAUUAAUUUAUGUUUCAGUCGAUUAUUAAAUUAACGCAACUUAAAACGUAAAAAAUGUAUCACAUGUAAAUUUGUUCUGAAACUGUAUAUUUCGACCAGAGUAUGGCAGGCUUCAAUGAGAAUAAACGAAACUUCAAUAGUACAUUUACAUUAUUUUUAAUUACUAGAGACUUUCCAAUAAUUAUGCAUUAUUUAUGGAAGAUUUUUUAUGGCGAAUAGGUGAUAAAAGAACAUACAAACAUCAUUUGUAAAACACAGUUGCAGUCGCA